AUGGACGCCUUCCGUCCACAGAGUUUUACAGAGCGCCGCGCCUCCAUGGUCCUCAGUAAUGACGAUGAAAGCACAUCUACCCGUCCUCUUUCCUUAAACACUGCUUCUCAGAAUAUUUAUUUAUCGUCUAGAGUUGACAAAAUAUUACAGUCUCACCUUAAAGGCCCUCCCACACCAAAUAUGAAUACACCCUCUGUUGAUCCUGACUCACCUACACAUUCUUCUCAUGAUCCACCUCCGCCCCCCACACCUGCUGCAAGCCCGGGACCCGAUCACCCACAGCCUGACUGGAGUGAUGCAGGAGAUCAGGAAGAUUUCUUCUUAGCUAAAGUAAGGUUACACUUCAAGGAUAGCUCGCCGGCCGAAAGAACACGCAUUUUAGCUGAUUUACUCAAUCUCUGCACAAGCCAGCAGCUUUCUUUCGUACGUCAAUAUGUUGAUCCGCUUCUCAAGAAAGAUCCCUUCACAAGCCUACCUACUGAAAUUUGUUUAAGAAUAUUAAGUUGCAUCGAUGAUCCCAAAGUACUUGCCAGAGCGUCACAAGUUUCCCAACGAUGGAGAGAAUUAUUAGCAGAUGAUGUAACAUGGAAGAAUUUAUGCGCUAAGCAUGAUUAUGGCAGGAGACUUUCUGAAAAUAUUACAACUUCACCCCAAAUCUGUGCUAAAUCUCAGCCUCCACAUUUCUUUUCGGGAUCAUUACUCAACAACGAAUAUCCAUCUCAUGCUUGUUCUACCAACCUACCAGCUCAUCCAUUUCUUCCAGGAAGCUCAAGGUGCCUUGAGUCAUCUCUCUCCCUUAAAAAACAAAAAGUCAGAAGCUAUAAAAGUCACUUUAAGCAGAGAUAUCUAGUUGAGGCAGCUUGGAAAACUGGCGGUCAACAUGUAGCCCGGAAUAUAACGCAAGAUCAAGGCGUAGUCACCAGCCUUCACUUAACGCCUAAAUAUAUUGUUGUAGCCCUAGAUAACGCUAAGAUCCAUGUAUUCAACACUGACGGGAAUGCUCAAAAGACAUUGGUUGGACAUGUGAUGGGCGUGUGGGCUAUUGUUCCCUGGGAUAAUCUGCUGGUCAGCGGAGGCUGUGAUAGAGACGUGAGGGUCUGGGACAUGACAACUGGGGAAUCUGUACAUACGCUUCGAGGUCACACUUCUACUGUCCGCUGCCUCAAAAUGUUUGAUUCUACGACUGCCAUUUCUGGAUCACGCGACACAACCCUAAGAGUCUGGGACAUCAAGACAGGAUUAUGCAAGAACGUUCUUGUCGGUCAUCAAUCUAGUGUUCGAUGUCUAGAAAUAAAGGAUGAUAUCGUAGUCUCAGGUAGUUACGAUGCAACUGCGAAAGUAUGGAGUAUAUCUGAAGGAAGAUGUUUACUUACGCUGGCCGGUCACUACUCACAGAUUUAUGCUAUUGCGUUUGAUGGGAAGAGAAUAGCUACGGGAAGUCUUGAUACUAGCGUUCGUAUUUGGGAUCCAAUUACUGGUGUUUGUCAGGCGGUCCUACAAGGUCACACAUCUCUUGUUGGUCAGAUACAAAUGCGAGGUAAUACUCUAGUCACAGGCGGCUCUGAUGGUUCGGUCCGAGUGUGGUCUUUAGAAAAAAUGGUUCCGAUUCACCGGCUUGCGGCUCAUGACAACUCUGUUACCUCACUUCAAUUUGACGACAAUCGAGUAGUUAGUGGUGGAAGUGAUGGUCGGGUAAAAGUAUGGGACCUCAAAACUGGACAACUUGUGAGGGAAUUGACAGCACCGGCAGAUGCGGUGUGGAGAGUUGCAUUUGAGGACGAGAAGUGUGUAGUAAUGGCAAGUCGGAGUAAUCGAACUAUUAUGGAGGUAUGGUCGUUUUCUCCUCCUGACGAAAUGCUAUUCGAAUCAGAUCACUCAUAUUCAUAUUCGGUCUCCUCAACACCAGCUCAGCGAAUCCUUCACGAAACACCUCCAAGGCCCCAAUCGGCUGCGGAGUAUCGAACAACAAUAGCUCACGACCAACAGAUUUCGAGUCUUCAAAGCCCAGUAGUGGGAAGAAUGAGUAGGUCAUAUGUUAGUUGGGCUGGUGAGGACGUUGAAAUGUCGGGAACUCAUGCUGAAAAUCCCAACCAUCUAAUUGCUACCGAACCAAGCCAUACGUUGCCAUUGAGUGUGACAAGCUUCUUUCGUGACGACUGA